UCCUCUGCAGCACUUAGCUGGCCAGCAGACAGGCUUCCUUCCACCUCCUCCUUUGGGUCGUGCCCUGCUGGGUCUCCGUGCUCAGCCUCCAGUCGGGGAGAAAUGCUGGAAAGUCUGGCUCCUGGUUCUCCACUGCUGCCUUUUGGCUUUUUGGGGAAUCAGGGUUGUGUUUCUGGUGCCCAAGCUGUCCCGAUUCCCCUCAGAGAGAACGGACUGCACGUGCAGAGGAAUUUGGGCUACGUGUGCUGGUUUGGCAUGGCCAGGAAGGAAAAGGGCGCCACGCUCUGCAGAGCACAGGGAUAAAUACCACCAACCAGCUGCGUGGGGCAGGAGGUCAUCCUUCUUCAAGGGUUGUCACUCUCUGUUUCCAGGUUUCAGCUCACCGUGGAAAAGAGCAGAGCAGAGGCCGCCGCAGAAAAAAAAGCUGCCAUACAGCGGAAGAUGAGUAAAGGGGUCUCUGCCGGCAGGCUGCUGCAGAGGCGGAAGACACUUCCCCCCUCCAUGCUGCUGCAGCGCAAGCCGAGCUCAAGGCAGCAAGAUGUGGCGAAGGAGCCUUCUGGCAGUGCGCUCCCGCCGUGUGCAGGCAGCUCCCGUGGGACAAAGAAAGCGGGACAGAAGGAAACAUCUGCUGCCCAGACCAGCGCUGCACUCCCUGCCACCGAGGAGUCUAAGAGAGCACUGCAGGAGCUCCGCAAAGAGUCUGCCCUGUGGAAAGAAGCAGACCACACGUGGCCCAUGCACCAACAGCAAAUAGAGCGAGCACAGGCAGAAAUGGCGGCAUGGGAAGGCUGGAGCGCAGGGGAGGACCAGCAUCCGCCCCAGCUGCUGGCCAGGGAGAGAGUGCGUGUUCCGCAUCCUCCAGCCCAGCCCAGGAGACAGCAAGUGGGAAGGAGAUGGAGGAAGGACGAGGGUCUGCUGCCGGGAAGUAUAAUGGGGACGACGACCAAGCUGACACUGCAUGCUGACCUCCUUUCCCCGCGAGCGGCUCAGGUGCUCCGAAGGUUGGAGCCGCACCUCCGUCAGCAAGAGGUUUUUGCCGGCACAGCGGAAAGAAACCGGCAGAAGCUGGAGCAGAAGCGGCACCUCCUCCGGGCUGAAUGCUCACACGGCUCCAGAGGGGAAGGUGCAGCCAUCGGUGGUGACCGCGGUGGAGCUCUCGGCACGGGGGCUGGGAAGCCGUCCAGAUUUCCACCUGUGAAUGGAAGAUCGUAGAAAACCAAAGACUCGUAGAACGGCCUGGGUUGAAAAGGGUCUCGAAGAUCACCGCCACCGGGCUGCCCAGAGCCACAUCCAGCCUGCCCUCGGAUGCCCGCAGGGAUGGGGCGUCCCCCAGCUCUCGGCAAGCUGUUCCAGCACGUCACCACCCUCCGUGUGAAGAACGCCUGCUGACAUCUAACCAAAUUCUGCCCCCCUUUCACAGUUUAAAACCAUUCCCCCUUGUCCUGUCACCAUCCGGCCUCAUCAACGGCCGUUCCCCCUCUACUCUACAGCCUCCCUUCAAGAACUGGAAGGCCGCAGUGAGGUCUCCCCGGAGCCUUCUCCUCACCAAGCUAAACAAGCCUGGUUCCCUCCACCUUUCUCGACAGGAGAGGUGCUCCAGGCCUCUGAUCACCUUAGGGGCCCUCCUCUGCACUUCAUCCAAGAGCUCUGCGUCUUUCUUGUACCGGGGACCUCAGUUUUGGAUGCAGUAUUCCCAAUAAAAAUGAAUUGGCUUUAUUUCCA